AUGACUAUGUUACAAUCGGAAAACGGUGAAUCGAUAUGUGAAGGAAACGGUAGUGAUAAGGAAAAGUCGGUAUCAAGUGUUCAAGACGUGCGGGAAGCAUCUCCCGCAUUUCGAACUCGUACACUUGUAAACGCAGACGAUGUCUUCAAUCAUAACGCCUGGGAUAAUGUAGAAUGGGAUGAAGAACAGGAGAUGUAUGCGCUCAAGCAGAUCGAAAAACAAGCUAAUUCUCCUGUGCCUGCAGAAGAACAAGAAAGAUAUAUGAAUGAACCAGCAAGUUUCUGGGACGCUUUCUAUGAGAAGAAUGAGAAUAAGUUUUUCAAAGACCGGCAUUGGCUCAAGGUCGAAUUUCCCGAACUGCAUCAGACGAUUUUGAAAGACGCUGGCCCCAAACGCGUUGUUGAGGUUGGUUGUGGUGCAGGAAAUACUCUAUUCCCGCUUCUGGCUGUCAACCAAAACCCCGACUUGUUUAUUUAUGCUUACGAUUUUUCUUCAACUGCAGUCGAAGUAGUAAAGAAUCAUCCAAAAUACGAUGCACAGAAGAGCAAAGCCUUUGUCUGGGAUUUGACAAGUGAUAACAUUCCGGAUUGUGUUGAUGCAGGAUCGAUAGACAUUGUUGUGUUAAUAUUUGUAUUUUCAGCAUUGCAACCUCAACAAUGGGCAAAGGCCGUAGAGAAUGUAUACAAGAUGUUGAAACCUGGCGGAUUGGUGCUUUUCAGAGGUACAGUCAAUUUCCGAAAGAUCCCUCUUUUAUGA